UCUCGCCCAUUGUAUAGAAGAGCUUUUGCCACGACAGAGCGCACGCCUACACUACCCCUACUGAGCAGCGAUGAGACUGGUUAUUCUGCUGUUGCUGGUGUCACUGCUAGAAGGCUCUCUUCAAAAGCCAAAAGGACCCAAAGGCGCGUCCCAAAUCAACCAUGGAAAGGAACGAGAUAGAGAAGCAGAUAGCGAUAAACAACAGGGAGGCAGGAGCGAAAAGGAAAUGAUAGGGACGAAACAGAGGAAAAACGAACGUGUGACCGUAAGGUCUGAUAGAAAGAAUGUCGCAAUCCAGGACAUAUGUGAUGACAACAUCGUCCUGAGUUAUGGACAAUCUGCUGUCUUUUAUAGCGACAACGAUCAACUCCCUAUGAAAUGCAGGCUAAAAGUCAAGACACCUCCGGGCACUGAGAUCGGCUUCAACUGUAUGACUUGGAACAUCUACCGUGGCAGCUGUAAAAAGGAAUCCCUGUUUAUCAAAUACAAAUCAUAUACAGGACGAAAGGAAAGACUGCUGUACUGCGAAAACGUAAGUCCCGUGAACAGAGUCUACCAGACGAACAAAAUCCAAAUGUUGUAUAAACGGAAAAGACUUGAUAUCACUGAGUUCUCCGGAGGCUUUGUCUGCGAAGUUUACACAAUUGGAGGAUCAGCAAGGCCCUAUUGCGACGGCUGCGGUUUCAUGUCCAUCAACGUCGACAGCAGCAGGAUCGUGAACGGCAGUGACGCAUCACCGAGAGAGUACCCCUACCAGGUGAUCGUGCGGCCCAGCAUAGGCACGGAGGUAUACUCUUGUGGAGGCUCCAUCAUCAAGAGGAACUGGAUUCUCACGGCUGCCCACUGCUUCUUCGAUCUUGUGACCGGACUGAGGGCUUCAUCCGUGGAAGUUCGUUACGGGUCUAUUAAUUACUUCUCAGGAACUUCCGUAACGUCAACGGUUUUUAUUACACAUGAAAAUUACGACAAUAAAACAUAUGCCAAUGACAUAGCGUUAGUGAAGCUUCCCGAGCCACUGCAGUACCAGAGCGACCCAAAUAUUCGUCCGAUUUGCCUGGGGCUGGAUGAAGACAAUCUCUUUUUCGGGAAAGGCGUGGCUACCGGUUGGGGCCGCCUAUACUAUAAUGGCCCUAGCCCCACUCUCCUGCAAGAGGUUGAAUUGGAUAUCAUUUCCAUGAGUGAGUGUGCAGCGAGGACCACGUUACCUGCUGAGCCCGAGAAGGUCCUGUGCAGUCUUACACCCUAUAAGGAUACAUGUCAGGGUGAUAGCGGCAGCCCUUUUGUAGUGGCUGUUGGAUUUGGAAGGUGGGUCCAGGUGGGCAUUGUCAGCUACGGAAUCGAAUGCGCAAGACCCAAAUAUCCCAAUGUGUACACCAGGGUCUCCGCUUACAUAGAUUGGAUCUCCUGUAAUUCAGGCGGUUCUGAGUGUGACUCCACAUAAUAACUGCGGCAGCGCCUUCGUCAGGAACCAAUGAUCAGUGGCAGACGAGAGUUCGUUCGCAUCGAUCAACGUGACCAGUUUUCCGAAAAAUUAUUAGAUGACUGAUUUUUUUUUCUUAAUCACUUCAAAAUAUACAAUUGAAAGCACGUGCACUGGAAUAAAAAUGAAUAGCAAU